UAUUCAAAAGUAACGCAGAGAGAGUGAGAGUGUGUUUGUUGCUUAAGGUGUCUGUCUCGUUGUUCUUCUCUAUCUGUCUGUCCCUUUCCGUUCCUUUGCUCGGUGUCUUUUCUGCUUCAUGUCGCUGUGUCUGCGCCGAAGAGACACCGCACCUUCUGCUUCCAAUCUUCACCCAACCCUCGACGUUUAUCAGUUCUUUUGGGGUGAUGCAUUCCUCUUGUAUGGUUUAUAAAGUGGAAUGGAAUAUAGUUAUUCAGUGGAGAUUUAGAUGGCAUGUAAUGAAUUAGCCAUUAUACAGAUACAAGUCGUAGAUUUGGUUCUGUAGUGCAGAUCACCAGAAGUUGGAAGAUAUUUUCUGCCAUUUCUGUGUGUAUUUUUUGCAAGAUUCCUUCAAAGACAUGCCAUUAUGGUGGGGAAAGUCUUCAUCCAAAGAGGUAAAGAGGAAAGAAAACAGGCACUGUAUUAUGGAUGCAAUACAGAGGAAAUUAAAUAAAUCAAGAUGGUCUAGGAGACAUCGUAGUGAAACUAUCUCAGAGAAGGGAUCUAUAUCCCUUGCGCCUUCAAGAUCACCAUCACCCACAGCACAUGUUUAUCGCUGUCAAAGUUUUGGAGAAAGGCCUCUUGCUCAGCCACUCCCGCUCCCGCUCCCACCCCCAAAGACGCACCUUCCUGCUGCCAAUCAUGCAAAUUAUGGAACUAGAAUAACAGCAAAACUAGAAAGCAGUAGCACCAGAGGCUCAAAGUCAUCUCUAUAUUUACCCCUACCAAAACCUGGUUGUGUUUCCAACAGGGGAGAACCUACGUAUGCUGAGGAAGAUAUAGCCACUGCAUCAGUUUCUAGUGGCAGCUCAAUUGAUAGCGAUGACCAAUGUGACUCACGUUUCCUUAGUCCUUUGGCAUCUGACUGUGAAAAUGGAAACCAAGCAAUCAUUAACAGUUCCGUCAGUGUGGUGCACAAGGAUCAGUCACCCAUUACUAUCCAGAAAAACUUGAGUGUAUCCUCAAAACCAGCUCCUCAAUUGUACAAUCAUCAACUUCCAUCUAACACACCCAAAGGAGCUUCUUUGCAACUUCCAAAUCUGCAAAUUGCUAGUUCAGGUGGUUUAUGGAGUGCUCCAGGCAGUUCAAUGUCAAGUCCUUCUAGAAGUCCACUGAGAAGAUUUGGUUCCGAGCAAGUUUUGAACUCUGGAUUCUGUACAGAAAAGCCAUAUCCAGAUUUAACUUCUGGGCACUGCUCUAGUCCAGGUUCGGGCCAUAAUUCAGUUGUUGGGGAUCUGACAGGGCAGAUGUUCUGGCCACAGAGCAGGUGUAGCCCUGAGUGUUCUCCAAUACCCAGUCCUGGAAUGACAAGUCCUGGUUUCGGUUCCAGGAUACACAGUGGGGCUGUCACUCCUCUUCAUCCACGUGCUGGAGGCACCACAACAGAAUCAUCCACAAGACGUCCUGAUGAUGUAAAACAACAGACUUGCCGAUUACGUCUUCCUUCAAUAACAAUCCCUAAUCCCUCUCUGUUUUCUACAACCUAUUCUGCAAAUACUACUCCUUCAGCACCUCGUAGUCCUGGCAUUGCAGAAAAUCUAACAAGCCCAGGUUCAUGCUGGAAAAAGGGGCAACUGCUUGGAAGGGGGACAUUUGGGCAUGUAUAUAUUGGUUUUAACAGUGAUAGUGGCGAGAUGUGUGCAAUGAAGGAGGUAACCCUUUUUGCAGAUGAUGCUAAAUCAAGGGAAAGUGCUAAACAACUUGGCCAAGAAAUUGCAUUGCUAAGUCACCUGCGGCAUCCAAAUAUAGUUCAAUAUUAUGGAUCUGAGACGGUAGAUGACAAACUUUAUAUAUACUUAGAGUAUGUCUCUGGUGGGUCAAUCUAUAAGUUGCUUCAACAAUAUGGUCAGCUUGGUGAAAUUGCUAUUCGUAAUUAUACUCGGCAAAUUGUGUUGGGUCUAGCUUAUUUACAUGCUAAAAACACUGUCCAUAGAGACAUUAAAGGAGCAAACAUAUUGGUGGAUCCAAAUGGGAGGGUAAAAUUGGCGGAUUUUGGUAUGGCAAAGCAUAUAGGCGGGCAGUCCUGUCCAUUAUCUUCCAAAGGAAGUCCUUACUGGAUGGCACCUGAGGUAAUAAAAAAUUCAGGUGGUUGUAAUCUUGCUGUUGAUAUAUGGAGCCUGGGCUGCACUGUUUUGGAGAUGGCUACAACAAAACCACCUUGGAGCCAAUAUGAAGGGGUUGCAGCUAUGUUUAAGAUUGGAAACAGCAAGGAACUUCCUGCAAUACCAGAUCAUCUAUCAGAAGAUGGGAAAGAUUUUGUCAGGCAAUGCUUGCAAAGGAAUCCACAGCGUCGUCCCUCCGCUGCUCAACUUCUUCUGCAUCCAUUUGUUAAAAGAGUCACACUGGAAAGACCUAUUUUGUCUGCUGAUCCUUUAGAAUCAAAUCCUGCUUUUGUAAAUGCUAUGAGAUCUCUGGAUAUUGAACCUGCAAAACAUAAUUUAGGCUCAGUUUCAGAAGCAGCUGGCACACAUCUGUCUAGAAUCUCGAGAACCGGUUCAGGGCUAAGUGAUGCCCAUACACCAAGGAACAUAUCACAUCCCGUGUCUCCUACUGGAAGCCCACUUUUGCUAUCUAGUUCAAGGCAUGCGAGUGGAAGGCUGUCCCCAUCUCCCAUAUCUAGUCCUCGUACUGCAUCUGGCUCAUCUACACCGCUGACUAGUGGCAUUGGUGCAGUCCCUUUUCAUCAAACAAGACAGCCGGCAAUCUCCUAUGAAGGUGUCAAUGUGAUCCAAAGGCCUCAAAAUGCUCGUUAUCAGGAGCCAAAGCACGAUCCACUUUGGGGGAUUCCGCGAAGUACUUAUGCUUGCCCGGAUAUAGUUUCAUCUAAUAAUGAUGCUCUAGGAAACUAUAACAGGAGGGUUAUCCAGGGAUUACCUAGAGAAUUUUGUGAUGGGGAUUUGCAGCAGCUGUUAAAUGAUCGUGUAAGACUAAAUUUCGGUCAUAGAUCUUAACCACAGUGCUCCAAUGCUAAUGGAGUGGAAAGUGGUCAUAUAUAUAUACCUCCUUGAAUGACUUUAAGGUGGCAAACUAAUUUUGGAUUCUAUAGGGUCCACAAAGAUGGUGCAAAAUCCGCAAUUUUAGAGUGGAUGCCCUACGAUAUGCAACGUUAACCUCAGUCUUAUGAUUAACAUUUUCUUCUUCUUCAUUUUAGGGAAAUGUACAUUAACAACUUUGUCUUUGGUGCGGUCAUUAUGUUGUACUGAUCAUUCUAGCUGAAAAUAGUGGUGACGCCAAAAGCCCAAGUGUAGAAAGAAUAAAAUAUAUAUUGUACAAAUGCUUAGGAACUAAAUUGAAGAUGAAUUUAUGCAACAUUUUCCUCCCGUACGUGCUUGGUUAUUCUAGUUAACUUGCUUUUCUGCUGGUUG